AGUAUUCUUUUCUUAUAUCUCUUACGCAUGCUGUAAGUGCGAAAUUGGUACUGUGAUCAAAUAAACUUUAGUAUACAAAAAUAUUCGGAUACUUUAUUACCAUGAGAAGUAUACCUACUUUUGCUUCCAUGCCUUGCACGAGCAUUGAAAAAAAUUGAUAGCAUUUGAAGUGGAUAAUUAAUUUUUUUUUAAUGCCCUUCAUCUUGCCAUAGAAAGUUCAUUAUCAUCUAUACCUGUAUGUCAUGCAAGAGUGAUUUCUUAAAACCACAGAAAUUCAAGGGUACUUCCUUGGAAAUAGUUAAUAAAUAUCUCACCAACUUGAAUAUCUUUAAAAAUGGAUUUAGCAUUUAAGCCAGUAGACAACGCAAUUUUAACGGAAUAUUUCACAAAUAUAUUUCGACACGGUUACAUACAAGUUAAAGGCAUAACUUUACCAAAGCGUUUCUUGGAUUUUCACGAUGUUAUUAAGAACUUCACCGUUUACGAUGAUGAUCUGUGGAUUUGUAGUUUCCCCAAGUCAGGUACAACAUGGACGCAGGAAAUGAUCUGGAUGAUAGCGAACGAUUUGAAUUUUGAAGAAGGAAAAAAAUGUAUGGGAGAUAGAUUUCCGUUCCUAGACUAUGAAUUUUUGUUCGACUACACGCGCGUACGUGACAAAAUUGAAGCCUUUGAUCCACCUGUUUAUUUUGAGCACUCUGUUAAUUUUAUACAGAAUCUUCGACGACCACGGCUGAUUAAAACACAUUUACCUUGGUUUUUGUUACCUGAACAAAUUCAAAGUGGAGAGAAGCGUCCCAAAAUUAUACACAUUGCGAGAAACCCACGGGAUGUUUGCUUGUCGUACUUUCAUCAUUGUAAAUUAUUUGAGGGUUACACAAGCCACCUUGAUCACUUCACGCAACUUUUCCUUACAGGAAAUGGUAAUGAAAAAAUGCAGAUUGAAGUGAGUGCAAUUCAUCUCUGUAUUGUAGUGUCUUACGCGCCUUACUGGACUAAUGUCUUAUCCUACUGGGAGAAAAAAUCCGAAUUGAAUUUUCUAUUUCUCAAGUUUGAAGAGCUAAAAAGUGACCUAGCCGGUGCGAUAAGACGAGUUGCAACUUUUUUAUGUAAACAACUAACUGACAAUGAGGUCUCCCGGCUUGCUGCUCAUUUAAGUUUUGAAAAUAUGAAAACCAACAAGGGAACAAAUUAUGCGUCACUUAUUGAUUUACAUAGAAGGCAUAAUUUAGUCUGCGAAGAAGGGACGUUUAUAAGAACUGGAGAAACGGGAAGUUACAAGCUAAGGUAUCCCCAAGAAUUAUCAACCCAGUUUGAUGAGUGGGUUAAGAGUGGAGAUGUGGAUCACAAGAUGGGAUAUUAA